GCAGCAGCAGCAGCAGCAGCAGCAAGACAGUACCCAACGAAGCAGUUAUCCUGCGAGGAGGACGUUUCUUUGAUCGCAUUUUGUUUCUGGAUAUGCCCGGUCGCUGCUCUCCAGCAUGCUGAGCAGAAAGGGGUCUUGUGCGGGGAUGAUGAGCGCUGCAGCCGGGGUAGACCGCAGCAGGGUCGGGGAGAGACUGCAGGCGGCUCUGGCCGGGCUGCAGGAGCUGCAUCUGCUGAAGGACAGACAGAGCGACAUGGUGAGCUGGGCGCUGAGGGUGGACCGAGAGGAGCCGGUCUCUUCUGUCCACGUAGGCCCGGAGGGUCCCAUGAUAAUGGGGGCUGAAGAACAGCGGCUGGAGGCGACCCUAACAUCCCUGAAGCAACAGCUGUCUCGCCUUCGGAAACAGGAUGUAGGCCUGAAGACUCACUUGCAGCAGCUGGAUCAACAAAUCAGUGAGCUGAAGCUGGAUGUAAGCAAGGCCUCCACAGAGCAGCUGGAGAGUGACAGCAGGCCAAGUUCAGGUUUCUAUGAGCUCAGUGAUGGCGGCUCUUGCUCACUGUCCAACUCCUGCACCUCCGUGUACAGUGAGUGUCUGUCAUCCUCCCAGACAAGCCUUCUUCUCCUUCCCAUGAGCACUGCAAACUCCCACAUUAGCCCUCCAUCACAAGUCGAUGUAUUUCGCCGGCGUUCUGCUGAUGAGAGCACUACCCAGCCCAACCCUCCGCGGGGCACAGGCCUCCAUCUGGGCAGCAGCAGGAUCCGAGCAAGCACUACUAGCACCGAACAGGCACGGCCGAGACCUGUGUCAACAGGUGAUCUUGAUAGGAUGAUGGCUCAAGGGCUGGGCUACUACAAAUCUGUGGAUGCAAGGAAACCCUCAAUGUGCACAAAUGUAAGGACCUCCACAAUGGACCCCAAGUUCCAAAGUAACCUGGUUUCCCGCAGUGGGACUGAAGUGUACCAGUACCCCAGCCCUCUGCACGCUGUGGCUCUGCAGAGCCCGAUAUUCUCUCAUGGGGGCGACCCAGCCACACCCGGACUUCUAGAGGGCCAAGGACCCCCAGCGAACCGUUCUGACACCCUCCAUAGGGCACAAAUGGGUUAUGAGACCAAGAACCUGGGUUACAUUGACAAGCUCCUCCUGCGCAGCUUGAGCAGAAUCCAGAGUGAAACGGGCACAGACACUAUGCAGACACACAGUGACUAUCACAAGAAGCCCACUGAAGUUAUAACUGUGUUUCCUGAAGUGUCACAGAAAGAGUUGCAGCCUCUUCCAGCCCAGACCACAAACAUCAUCCCACUAAAUAGCGACCAGAAGAGACACUGCAUGAUAUACUCCAGCCAAGAGCUAGCUGAUAACACAAACCAGUCCCAGUCAAUCAGAGCCCCUGAGGUUUUAUACCGAUACUCCUGUCCUGCUGCCACAAGGGAGUACAGCUCUGAUGAGGUCACUACUGCAUCCCUGAGGAAGAAUGAUAGACCCCAAGGAGAAUAUGGUAGUGUAGCAAGAAACAGUUCAGAGAAAAGAUGUGGGGAUAAGCCAGAGUCAAGGCCACAAGAGAGGAAGGGCCAUAGGCAAAGAUCGGCGAUGGCCCACAGCUCCAGCACAGAGGAGAGUCAAGGCUUUGAGGUUCAAUCUGGCCACACAGCUUCCCCUGAGUUUGUCCAUGCCAAAUUUGUCCCUGCUGGAUCUCAGAGGGUCAAGGUGAGACAGGCAGACCGUAAAACCAAAGCUGUGAAACUGAGAAGAAAAAGCAGUGAGAAGCCUCGAGCACUGAGGCAGCAACAUGGCUACUCCUCCGGUGAAAGGACCAGAGAGACCAGUGGUGGAACCAAGGGGGAACAAAGAAGAUCAGGGAAAGGAAAAGUGACCCAGAAAUGUACCACCUGUCACACAGAGGAGCGCAGACAGUGCUCAGGCUCAGACUCCAGCCACUGUAGCCCGGGACUCAUUUACACACACAAGGUCCAUCCUAAGCCACAGCCCAUCCCUGCUGUUACAAAGUCCAGCAAAAGCCGCAGACUGCAGAGCAUGGAGUACGAGCAGCCUGCAGAGCAGAGGAAGAGGAGGCAGGGAGCUGCCAAAUGGCCGUCCGAUGUGGAGAUGUUCCAGGGCCCAUGUGGUCAGCGUCAGAGGUCGAAAGAGCCCCAUGUUCAGGCACCAGGGAUGCAGAUGGUCCGCAGUGUGAGCGCCAAGUCAGGCCAAUGGAUAGGACCUCCCCGCUCAUUAAAGUCCUCCAUGUCCUCUAAUUCUUUCCUCCACAAUCUUAAUGCCAGAUACCCUCCAGCACCAUUCCACAUGUCCAGCCUCUACCCACCCAGAUGUGAGUCUGAGUACUCAGCCGAAUGCGCCUCACUGUUUCACUCCACCAUUGCUGAAAGCAGUGAGGGGGAGAUGAGUGAUAACACCACCAACCGCUUUGGAGAUAGCGAAUCCAGCCAGAGCUUCCAGUCCUUCUCCGACUCUGACAGCAGCCUGUCCCUGGACGAAGAGGACCAGGUGGACAGUCAGGGGGAGGAGAGAGGUCUGGUGUGGGCUGAGGCCACUCUGGGGCCCACCGCUGCUGGACUGGCCCUCCAGCAGCUCCCACGCCCUGAGCCAUCAGCCUGCCGCAUCAAAGCUUCCCGAGCCCUGAAGAAGAAGAUUCGUCGGUUCCAGCCUGCCUCCCUGAAGGUCAUGACCCUGGUGUAGCAAAGUUUCCCCAGGCAGAAUGAGAACUGUUGGGAAAACACAGAGGACUGUAGGAACUGCUUUUUAACUGCGUUUGGAAUGAUCUCACCUGGUCCUUCAACACAACACCCUUAAUCAUCACUGAGAAGCAGCAAUUAUACCGGACUGCAUUUGUGCACUGAUAGUUUUGUUAACACAAAAAAAUGUUAAGAAUUUACAAUUGUUGAACCUGAAAACUGUACAAAAUGGUGCAGGGUAUAAAAGCAUGUAUAACACAAUUAUUACACUUACACUUAAUUUGUAAAUAUUUAUGUUGUAAUGAAAGUUCCUCAUAGCAUGUGGCUGCAAUUGACAAUUUCAUGGACAUUUCUGUCAUAUAAUUGUAUGUACCGGAGAAAUAAAACCAAUCUUUUUACAUUUAUU